AUUAAUUCUACCCCAUCCCAUUUUGCUGAUCGGCGAUCGACGGAAUCCCUAUUCCCCGCCGCCGAUUUAAUUCUCAAAAUCCCUUAUCUGAAUCCCUAAUUUGUUGCUUCACUCAGUUCAGUGUACACCCUUCAACACAAAAAUAGAAAAACAAAUCUGAUUUUUUUGUUUCCCUUUUAUCCGUACUGAGAUCCAGAACUUAGGUCAAAAUCUUGAUUUUUGCAAGCUGUAAAGGGCACGUGGCGAUCUGGAUCUUGCUUCACUUCUCAAAUCUAGAAAAGAUGAUAUGGUUGAAUAUGUCAGUUCAGUCUUAAAAGUUAAGCAUAUUGGGAGGCAUAUGACAACUUUUGUUUGAGAGUUUGGUUUUGAAAUUUGCCUAAAUUUUUUGAAUGGAAUCGAACAAAGAGGGCCCUUAAGGCAAAAGAGAUCGCGGAGAAGCGAUUUUGUGAAAGAGACUUUGCUGGUGCUAAGACCUAUGCCUUAAAGGCUAAAUCACUGUAUCCUGGAUUGGAAGGUAUAUCACAGAUGGUAUCCACAUUCGAAGUGCAUGCUGCCUCUGAGGCUAAGUGUAAUGGCGAAACCGAUUAUUAUUCAAUUCUUGGGUUGAAGCCUACAACAGAUAGAGAAGCUGUGAAGAAACAGUACAGAAAGUUGGCAGUGUUACUCCAUCCUGAUAAGAAUAAAUGUGUGGGAGCCGAUGGGGCAUUCAAACUCGUAUCCGUAGCGUGGACUUUUCUGUCUGAUAGAAUCAAGAAAAGUUCGCAUGAUAUCAAGAGAAACAAACAGAUGCCUUCGGGAGUGGUUCAAACUUCAACAUAUGCUGCUGGGGUAACAUGUGUUAAUGCAACCUCACAAAGUAGACUUGAUACUUUUUGGACUGUAUGCACAUCUUGUAAAAUUCAGUAUGAAUAUCUUCGGAAAUACGUGAAUAAGAGACUUUCAUGUAAGAACUGCCGUGGUACGUUCAUUGCUGUUGAAACUGGAUCAGCCCCUGUGAACGGUUCUUUCCCGUAUUGUCCUUGGUCAUAUAUGCCAAGUAAUGGAUAUGAAAGUCAUGGAAAUGGGGUCACAUAUGUCCCAACAAAUGCUACUUUUUUUACUGGAAAUGGGGUCUCAGGUUAUCAUUCUGGCCAUGGCUACGAGUAUGUUCCUAACAUUCAAUGGAGCUCGUUCUCUGGAACUUCUACCGCGGUUGUGAGUCAUAAUAAAGUAUCAGCUGUUUCCACUGAUGCCAUUUAUCAGAGCAAUGGAGAUGCUAGAGUAGCAGGCUCGAAGGUGAAAUCCGGUGCCAAUGGAAAACCCUCGAAAAGCUUUGCCACUCAGUCAACUCCAAGUUUGUUCAAUGGCUAUGAUGAAUCUUUUGGAUCUAAGCCCAGUAAUGUUGAAAAGAAAAGGAAGGUUAUUAAUGAUCUCGAAUAUAGAAAUGGAUUUGAAGACAAGGGAUUAAAAUCUUCAGAAGCAGGAUUAGCAAAUGGAAUCGGGAAUGAACCUUAUCCAAAGCUUUCCAGCCUCAGUGAACCCCAUAAUAGGCGGUGCUUAUUGACACCGGCAUUUGAUGUCAGAAAAUUGUUAAUUGACAAGUCGAGGACUGAAAUACGGAAGAAAUUGGAAGAGAUUAAGUUCUCUUCGGAGGCAGCUACAGCUUCAGUAGUAAAAUUAGGCGCUAAAGAAGAUGGUCAAUCACUAGCAGCUGGAAAGGGUCUCAAGAGGACAAAUUUAGUUGUUUCUGCUUAUCAAUCAGAAUCAAAUAAAGGUGCAUCUGUCUCAAUUACAGUUCCUGACCCCGACUUUCAUGAUUUCGACAAAGAUAGAUCAGAGGAAUGCUUCAAACCAAAGCAAAUAUGGGCCCUUUAUGACGAAGACGACGGAAUGCCUCGUUUGUAUUGUUUGAUUCGCCAGGUUAUCUCCGAAAAACCUUUCAAGAUUCACAUCACUUACCUGAACUGCAAAACUGAUAAUGAAUUCGGGUCAGUGAAUUGGGUGGACUCUGGGUUUACUAAAUCUUGUGGACACUUCAGGGCAUGGAGUUCCGACAUUAUUGAUCAAGUAAACAUUUUCUCUCAUCUUCUGAGAGGACAAAAGGCUGGAAGGGGAGGUUGCAUUCGCAUAUUCCCGAAAAAAGGAGAUGUAUGGGCUGUUUAUCGGAAUUGGUCACCUGAUUGGAACAGGUCAACACCGGCCGAUGUGAGGCACCAAUAUGAGAUGGUGGAGGUGCUUGAGGAUUACUCCGAAGAACUUGGAGUUUGGGUUACUCCCCUCAUCAAAUUGAUUGGUUUCAAGACGGUGUAUCAGAGAAACACAGACAAGGAUGCAGUUAGAUGGAUCCCGAGGAAAGAGAUGUUUCGGCUUUCACACCAGGUUCCAGCUUGGUUACUUGAAGGAGCAUCCGGUGAUUUGCCUGAUCGAUGUUGGGAUUUAGACCCGGCUGCAACUCCAGAGGAGCUUCUUCAUGCUACAUCGGAAGCUAAAGCAUAACAUAACCCAGCCAUUCAAGAAACAAGCAUGAUUAGUUUGCCCAUUGAUUUACCAUUCUUACACAACAUUUAGAUUGACUGCAAACAUUUCGCACAUGGCAUGGUAACCAUCUUCCGCCGGUGUAAAACAUUAACUCCCGAUGGAUUUUGAGGAUGUAAUAUUACUGGGUUUGGUUUGGUUACUUAAGGCAGGAAGAUUUUUGGACUAAAGUGC